CUUGGCUCGAUUCACACUUGCUGCUCACUUGGAUGAUCACUGUGCCAGGAAGUGAUUCUUCAGCCCCAUGUCUGCUGAGGCUUCAGUCGGCAGUCAUGCUGCCGACUCUGCCCAGCCUGCCGCUUCCCAGCCUUCCUGUCAAAACACUGAUGAGCAAAGAAAUCAGGGUCUGCUGGGGAGCAAGUACAUCAAGUUGAAUGUCGGGGGCUCUCUGCACUAUACCACCGUCCAGACUUUAAGCAAGGAGGACAGUCUGCUGCGCAGCAUAUGCAAUGGAGGAACAGAAGUUACGAUCGACUCAGAAGGUUGGGUGGUUUUGGAUAGAUCUGGUCGGCAUUUCAGUUUGGUUUUAAAUUUCCUGCGAGACGGCUCGGUACCGCUUCCAGAGGACCACAGGGAGCUGGGCGAGGUUCUGAAGGAGGCUCAGUACUAUCGGGUUCAGGGCCUCGUCCAGCACUGCCUCAGUGCCAUGCAGAAACAAAAGGAUGUGUUUGAAAGUGUGUGUCGCAUCCCCAUGCUCACCUCAGCCAAAGAAGAACAGAAGAUGAUUGCUACUUGUAGAAAGGCCGUAGUUAAACUACAGAAUAACAGAGGAAACAACAAAUACUCGUACACAAGCAACUCCGACGAUAACCUGCUGAAGAACAUUGAGCUGUUUGACAAGCUGGUGCUGCGGUUCAAUGGACGUGUCCUGUUUGUCAAAGACGUGCUCGGGGACGAGAUCUGCUGCUGGUCCUUCUACGGCGAAGGUCGCAAAAUCGCUGAAGUGUGCUGCACUUCCAUCGUCUACGCUACAGAGAAGAAACAGACCAAAGUCGAGUUUCCCGAGGCCCGAAUAUUUGAAGAGACCCUCAAUAUUCUCAUCUAUGAGAACAGCCGAGCGUCUGGUCCCGGAGGGCUGCACCUGCUGGACUCCAGGGGCCCGGGGUCGUCGCUGGGCGCCGGCCAGUCGGAGGAGGAGGGCGGCGCUGUGGGAGGAGACCGGCGAGUGAGGAGGAUCCACGUGAGGAGGCACAUAAUGCACGACGAAAGGGGGCACGGCCAGCAAACUGUGUAUAAAGACUAAUAAUGUGAAGAUAGUAGGUAUGAGAGAGUGAUUUGAAUGUUUAUUAUUG